AUGAUGGUCAAUAGGAUCCACAGUUACGUGCUUAUCAAGGAGAUGGACGACGACAUCCAGAAGAUCACGAUGACAUCAUCUAAGUUCUUUCGCUCGGGCAACGACAGCCUUGCCAUAAUCAAUUCCUCCGCUCCAUCACGUCAGCUUAGUACAGAGCCGGCAGCAUCCAGCAUCCUAAGGUCAUUUCGACUCACCAGUGGAAAACAUCUUCUCCAGGGAAGGUUUGCCAUAUGA